UUGUUUACAUUUUUUGUGCGUGGCUACUGCUCGAGCAACUUCGUUGCCUUUUUGUUCAAACUCAAAAAAUAUUGUGAAUAAUUUAUUUGGAAAGUUUACAAAAUGCAUCCCGGGGAAAUCGAAGUUAACGAAAUCACCGGCAUAUGGUCAUUUCUAAUGAGUAUUGAUUGGAAGGAUCCUUGGCUUAUUGGAUUAAUUUUGGUGCAUGUGCUAACGACGAGUACAGCUUUGCUUACACGGAAUUGUACAAACUUUCAAGUUUUUCUAUUUCUUGUACUUUUGUCUUUUGUUUAUUUCUCUGAAAGCAUUAACGAAUAUGCUGCAGCGAAUUGGAAAACAUUCUCUAAGCAACAAUACUUUGAUAACAACGGCCUCUUUAUCUCCACUGUUUUCUCCAUACCCAUUUUAUUAAAUUGCAUGCUGUUAAUUGGCACUUGGCUAUAUAGCUCAACACAAAUCAUGGUCACCCUAAAGACGGCCCAGCUUAAGGAAAGAGCGCGAAGGGAAAACUCUGCUGCAACAACCGCGCCUAUUACGCCAAGUGCGGCUGCUAAAAACUUGAAGGAAGAAUAGAAUAAGGAAUAGCUCCAUAUACCAGUUGUUAAGUGUUUGUCCGAAAAUAUAUAUCAAUGUAAAACGGAAAAGCAAAA